AUGCACGCAGAAUUAUGGGCAGUUAUCCAUGGGCUGAGUAUUGCUACUACUAAGGGCUACCAGUGUCUUGUUGUUGAAUCUGAUUCCGUUGAGGCCAUUAACUUCAUCAACCGCGGAUGCUGCCCCACUCACCCCUGUGCUCCUCUAGUCCAGGACAUUCGUGGCUUGGCAGCUAGAAUCCAGAAAAUCACCUGGCUACACUCCUUCCGUGAAGUAAAUUCUGUGGCGGAUCUACUUGCUAAGAAGGGACAAGAACUCCCUAUAGGGCUGCACCUGUUUGAUAAAGCCCCCCCCCCCCCCUUUAUUAACUAUGCUCUUCUGUGUGACUGUUUCGAGACCCUUAGGCUAAGGGGGUCUUGA